GUGUGCGGCGUGCGUAGAGAUGUGUGUCUUUUUCCUCGCUCUGCAGCCUUCUUCCCGAUACGUUUUGGUGGCAGCCAACAACCGGGACGAGUUUUUCGCCAGAGAGACUACGCAAGCAGCUUUCUGGGAUGACGCUCCGUUCAUACUGGCCGGUCGGGACGUUGAGGGGGGAGGGACGUGGAUAGGAGUCAGUACUGACGGAAAGUUAGCCACUCUGACCAAUAUCAGAGGACCCUACCAACAGCCAAAGAGAUCUGGAGCAAAAAGCAGAGGUACUCUGGUGUCCGAGUUUCUCAAAAGUGACUGUAACCAGACCCCCCAGGACUACUGCCAGUCAGUUCUAUCCAAUGCCCACCUCUACAGCGGCUUCAACCUCAUCACUGCCAGAAUCAAACCAGAGGUGGAGGCAACCUACUGUACUAACGGUGACCCAGUAACCAGUCACAGCCUGUCCCCCGGUGUGUACGGACUCAGCAACGAGAGACUGGAUUCUCCCUGGAAGAAGGUCACUCGAGGGAAGUCGAGGUUCUCGGAGUGUGUUUCUCACCUCCAGACUGGGGCUGUGGAUGAGGACGAGUGUGAGAGGCAGCUUCUUGACCUCCUCUGUGACCAGACAUGUCUUCAUCCUGAUGAGAAUGUCCCGACACUGGGGUUCCCCGAGCCUGUCCUCAGAGAUCUCAACUCCGUCUUUGUCCCUCCAACCUCUCUGGUGGACUCCGGACUCUAUGGAACCAGGUCACGUCAGAACUCUUAGAUUCUCCCUUUAGACUAUCAACUGAUGCUCAAACGGACAUUAGUGCCUUGGACCACUUUAUACAUGACUAUAUAUACCUUCUGACCUGUUGAGUUUGCUUUUGAUUUGUUUGAGUGCGACGUAAGUGCAUUAAAUGAACAUUGGCCAGUGUCCCGGAGUCUCUGAAAGGUUAAUAGCUCUGUCCAUGAAAGUUUAUUAGUGUGGCGAGGAAUAUUCAAUCCACGAAAGUGUUUUCUGUGAAAACUUACUUAUCUACAUACAAAACUGCGGAUGUUUUCUUCCACCUAUUUGAGAACAGUAUAUAUAAUGUUGGGACUUUCAAGUUGUUGUUGCUUGCUCCAGGACCCACACAGUGGUGAUGGUCAGUGCCAGUGGAGAAGUCAGGUACACAGAGAGGACUAGAGCAAUGCCAGUGGACCUCGCACAACCACGCUGGGAGACAAAGAGAUUCACUUUUCACGCUACUUAGCCACUCGUUUAUAUCAUCAUUCUGCAACCCACGCCCAUUUUAUAAUUGAGUAUUUUGCGGUCCGGCAUGUCGUUGCGUGCACACACACUGAGAGGAUUUCAGCUUUGCCACGUACAGCAACACCUCAGAGACAAACAUAAUUACCGUUACACAUCAAAAUACAUUUUUUAAAUUGUUGCCGGUAAAUUUGCAGCAGGACAAAGACGGAGAAAAAAAUGCAUAGCAAGCAAGUGAAAAUUGAAAGGGAUUAAGUAACUAUUUUUUGCCUAUUAUCAGCGAUCAUAAUUCGUAGUCCGAGUCGGAGUCCCUGUGGCUUUCUUCGAGGAGGGCAAGGCUUGGGGGAAAAGGGGGCGUAAAACAAGGCCUCCAUGUUUCCGUUCCCCCUGCGGUACAUGACGGCAAUGCUCAGCUUUCCCCGUAUGUCGGAGAGACACUCCUCUCCGUAGGCACCGUGCAUGUUCACGUGGGUAUGCUUUGCCAUGGAAAAAGCGAGAGGUCGCGACUUGGACAACGGGGUGAUGGACGAAAUUAUGUUUCCCGAGCGACAGUGGACGAUCUUGGCAACUCCGUCCGAGUGACCUACCGCGAUCACCGCGUAGAGCGGACUGACGGCUAGCAGCUUGCAAUCGUUGAACCCUUCCGGCCAUUUUAUUCUCACCGAGAGCAUCCUUGCGAAUGUCUUGAGGUUGAAAAAGUGGAGACAGAGACCCGUGUUGUACGGAUACACGAGGCUUGUCAGGAAAGCGAUGAAAGUCUCGUCGGGCGACAGGAGAAUGUGGCUGGUGGUAGUCACAACCAUCACUGCUAUAUGGUCCAGGUCGUAGAAGGGGUUCAGGGUUGCAAGGGACUUGGAGACUUCGAUCUUCCUCUGUUUAACAUCGUGCGUGACCUUGAACACACAUGCACCCGUGCCUCCCUGUACAACGAGACGGUGAGUUUUGCAGCCGUCCCACGAUACAACAAUCGGCUUUACAGGUCGUGGCAUGUACGCAGUUAACUUGUUAGGGAUGGGAGCCUUGUGAGUAUAGUCUAUUAGCGUGUCUCCUUCGACUUUUAAUAGUCGGAGGCUCCAGUGGUACGAAUGCGUGAUCGUUUCGCUGCUGCCUAUGACAAGGAACAGGCAGUGUCGACAGAAUCCGACCCCAUCACCGCUAUCUUUUUGGACUAUUCUCUCAAAGAGCCGCGAGUGAGUGUGGGUCUCGAGAUUGUAGCGCAGCCAGCGACCCUCCGUCGUCUGCCACACCACGUGGUUCGCAAACACGGCGGCGUACGUCGCGUCCCCGUACCUCCCCUUCACUGACGCUACCUUUAGAAUGGUGCGACGGCGCGGACAAAGUUCUCCGAUGACAGUCUCCUCUUCUUCCAGACACUGGCGGUCCAACGUCUUCACAAAGUAGCCCUGCCCGGCAUACACACAUCGAGAGCUGGAUUCGAACGGGUAGUGGCCCUUUAGGAUCUCACGCUCGGGGCGUACACGGGCUAUGUGGUCGGUGUAGAGGCGCGCCUGGUGGAAAACGCCGUCAACGCACUUGAACUCUGACUGGAGCCUCUUCACCCAUUCGGCCGGUAGCCCAGCGUACACGGUGGCGCGCCGCCAGAAGGCGGCCAAGGCUGGGUUAGCCAGCAUCUCCUUCCAGGCCUUGCAGACCGUCCUCCAUUCGAGGACGUCGCUGACGCGCAAAUAGUUGGUGAUGUGCUGGAUUAUAUCAGGCGGGAGCUUCGUGAACAUGUCUAGUUUCGGACCAGUGUCAGUGGGCUCCCAUUGAGGUGGCUUUCUCCUUUUCUUGAAGCUGAAGCCUCCCCUCUGCCGUCCACCCAGCAUCUCUGCCCAAAAAACCACCUUUUC